AUCGAUGUUUUUAACACACCAACUGCUGUCGAAAUCAGCUGUCCGCCGCAGUUAAUUAAUCAAAUCGUUAAAGCGUCGGAAAAUUGUUUUAAUUUUUUUAUCCAGAGUUUAUUUUUAUUGUAAACAGAUACAAUAACCUGGGUGAAACCGGUGCGGAAGCAACACUCACGUCUGCCACCUGAGGAUAAUUAAAACGUGAGACCCCGCAAGACAUGUGCGAUGGAAUCUAACGAUGUGCAGGUUGUUGCGUUCGAUGACGAACAAAUGUUUGCAGUCGGUAGAGCGCUGAAAGCCGUAGCCGAUCAAGUAUAUGAAACACCCAAAAUAGAGCCAAUAACGUAUAGUCAAGAAGAAAUAAUCGAGCUUCUAAGUGAUUCUGAAAAUGCUACUGAUAAUGACGACGGAUCUGAUUGUGAGAUAUUUGGGGAAAUCUGUACAAAUUUGGAACCUUUCCAGGAAGAAGUUAAGUUAGAGCCAUGCAAUGAAGAGAACACACUUGAAUCCCAGAUAUUAAAUAGUGGCGAACAAUUGCCAACGCACCUUAGCAAUGGCGUAGUCAAUAAUUUUUCGGACCGCGCUGUUUUGAACAACGAUGCCGAUGCAAUCGCCCACUUAAACUACAGAGAAUCAAUAACGCAAAAACAAACUACGGCGGUGUUUUCAAAUAAUAUUAUUGUUUUGGAUGAUGACGAUGAGGAUCAGCUCUAUAAUGAAAAUGGUGCAGAAGAGAAUAAUGAUGAAAAUAAUUCAGGCUUAUCUGAUGAAGAAGAGAAAGAAAAAAAGUGUAUCGAUCUUUUGGAAUUGGAUUCAGAUGAUAAUAAUCAACCAUCGACAUCCAGUGGUAGCAAGGUUAAAAGUAAUACAUACAAUUUAGAAGCUUUUCUCGUUUACCUAUGCCCGCAGUGCGGCGUAUCAUGCGACAAUAUAAAAAAAUGGAAUGCUCACACCGAUAUUGUACAUAAUUUUCGUUCUAUUUCGAAACUUAAUUUGAAAACCGUUAUAAGUCGACAAGGUGUGCUGAGCUAUCAAUGUAAUUCGUGCGAAAAGAAAUUUACUUCUGAUACUGCAUAUAACUUCUUGCUAAGUCAUCGCAUUCGACACAUGACGAUUCCGGAAUUUUUACGUUGCCGUUUGUGCGAGGAGAGAUUUUCAAGCCGAAACUUAUUUUUGAAACAUUUCAAGAAAAAGCAUAGCAAGGUUGCUUUACAGAAACUACGACGCACUGAAGCGAUAAGAUGUCAUAUGCGAUUCAUAUGCCCGAUUUGCAAAAAAAAAUCUAAAAACCUGGGAGACUGGACGGAGCACUUAGACGAGGCACAUGAUUGGUAUCAAAAACUACCGGAAAAGGUAACUACGAUUAGGGAUAAUUUAGUUGAAUGCAAAACAUGCGCAGCUACAUUUCGAACGAAACAAACUAAAUUUCACUCACUGCGACAUGAGCCAAACAAGCCUUUCCACUGCAAGCUGUGCAAAAAUCACAGUGCAUAUAGCUUAGAUGUUGUGGCGAAACACAUUCGCGUGGAGCAUUUUAAAGAGACUUCAUAUGACAGAGAAUACCGAUGUAAUUACUGCGAUAAGGUAUUUGAACGGUAUGCGCGACGAAUCGCUCAUAUGGCUGAGGAGCACACAAUAGAGUUAUUGAGGUGCGAUGUUUGUAGAAAGAGGUUCAACUCCACCGCGGGGCUGCUCACGCAUAUGACCAAGCUGAAUCAUCGAAAAAUCAAGUAAAAUAAAAUAUGUAAAUACAUAUGUACAUAUGUAAGGAUUGACUUUUGUACGGUACAUUUAUGUUGAUAAGGAAGCUUCAGUUAACGAUUUAGGGCGUAUUUUUUAAAUUUAGAUUUUACAAAGCUUUAAAUGAAAUUUAAUCGUAAUGGAAAAUAAAUGCUGGCGUUGUGAUAUCAGAUGAUCAUAGGAAAAUAUGAUUUGCAAUGCACAUACAAACGUACCUAUUAAGAUGUUAGAGCAAAAAUAAGAACUUUUUAAUUUUUUUUUCAAACCUAAUUAUAGAAGUGCAUUUAUAUAAAUACAUUUGGACUUCUGUUUCCAAAAAUGCAAGUAAGAAAGCGGAUUUUCAUGAAUAAUGGGUGUGUACGGAAACGCAUCAGUAUCUUUUAUAUCUAAACUAUUAUUGAUGGAAAUGGCUUACUUACACAACCAAGUUUUAAUUCGGAUAUUUCCAUCAAUUAUUGCUUAGAAAUACAAGGCGCUGAUGCCAUUAUUUUAUUUAGUUCGGUAACGAUUUUAUAUACAUACCUUAGUAAAAUAAUUAUAUGUGCAUCAUGUUUUUCCUCGAUUUCUCUGUAUUAAAUAAGGGUAAUGUUUUGUGUGGUAUGCAAUAAUAAUAGCCCUUGGUUUAUAAGUAUUUUCCAUACAUUAGGUUGGCAUUCGUGUAUAAUUUUAUCUACCGUUUCAGAAAUCAGUAGUACAUUCAAUAGAAAAUAAUUAUAUGUGCAUAAGGAGUUAUUCGGCUUCCGAUUGCUGCAAUGUCAUAAAUUCCCAACAAAAAAGUUCACUAACAACUGGGUUUUAAAAACUUAAAUAUGUAGAAACUAGUUUCAUAUUAAAACUCGUUUUAUUAUUUUUCCAUAAUAAAUCACGGCCCAAUAAUAUCUCGAGCUCGGUAAGAUAACGGGAAAGAAUUUUCGUGGCAUGAAAUCUUGUUAAGAGUAGAUAGUACAAAAUCCCCAUGGGAUUUUAAACUAGACACUCAAAAAAUGGGGUUUUCCUUUCUUGAAUAACGAUUUUGUUGUUUGCAUUGCGUGAAUAACAUCGAUUUUCUGGCGGAAAGUCCAAAUAUCUUCGGUUGUAUUGUACUUAUAUUUUUUGGUAAAUGCCAAAAGCUUAUUUUCGUGUCAUAGAUUGAGCUGUGGUUUAGCGAUUUAUUUGUUUAGCCUAGGUACCAAGUCGGUAUUUAUUAUUUGUUGGAAACUGUUUCUUGUGAAAAAUAGAUUCAACUACAUAUACAUUUUUCAGCAAAUCGUGUUGACCCUAGUAGCUAGACGUUGGAUAUGCCGUUUGGAUCACUCCUUGAGGUUUGUAUAGGAUUGAUUUCCAUAGACUACAGAGUUUUUUAAGGUAAUUUCAUAUUAUAUUUUGAUGUCUGCAUACUUUAGCAGUUAUUUAGCUACCUUUCAUGCCACGAAAAUUCUUUAUCGUUACCUU